UUCAAAUUUGCUCCCUUCCUAGCUUACCAGAAACAUCGCUUGAUGCCUGCCUAGCCCCAUGGCAGACGAGGAAUCUCCCACCAAAACGCGCACUUUGCGAAAAGCGCCUUCUCUUGUGCUGAAUGCUCCUCCGGCCGUAUCAGUAAACGCGCAACCGGAGUACGCGCCUAGAAAACUGGGCAAGCCUGGAUGGACAAGUAGCACUGAUGCUGUUCCCGACAGCGAGGAAGAAAACAUCUACAUCCCUAGCAAGAACGUUGAUCGGACAGAUAGGAAGGGUGUCAUUGUAAUUUCGUCGGACGAAGAAGACGUCCGACUCGCGAAAUUCACCUCUCCGAUUGGCGACGACCUUUCAAGGGGCCCCAAGAAGCCUAAGCGGGUGGUUCGAAGGAUUGUGCAAAGCUCUGAUGAAUCUGAAGACGACCCUCGAGAAAACCCCACAACCGAGGAGCCGGAAGUUAUUGAAAUCUCAGAUGACGGGGGCGAAGCGGUAUCGCGUAUUCCGCAGGUUUCGGGCCUCUCGAAUAGUCGCGUACCUCAAGUUGCAGUAUCUGCCGAUGGUUCGGUUAUGACUUGGGACGUGCCUGUAUCCCCACGAAAACCUUUACGUACACCGUCAAACGGGAAUGCCGCCGUUGGACCAUCGACCCCUUGUCGAAGCAAGGAGUUCCCUGGGUUGAAGGCAAGCGUCGAUACGACGGCUUCUCCUGCUCCAAAAAAUCCUAGGCCACGACCAAAUACGAAAAAAGCGCAAGCAGAAGCCGAAUUAAAGCGGCUGGCAGAAUUCACCCAGAUUCUGUUCAAUGAUCUCAACAGAGACGUUUUCAGCAGUCGCCUUCCGGCUGACGUCGAGCUCUGUUGGAGCAAGAGACUCAAUACGACGGCUGGUCGCGCAACGUAUGCCCGGAAAGAUGGCGUUGUUUCCGGCAAAAUCGAACUGGCUACCAAGAUUCUAGAUUGUGAAGAGCGGGUGAUGAAGACACUAUCCCACGAGAUGUGCCAUCUUGCGUGUUGGAUAAUCAACAAAAAACUCAACGAGAACCACGGUCCUUUGUUCAAAGCCUGGGCGGCAAGAGUGGCUGCAAAACGACCUGAUAUUGAAGUUUCGACUACCCAUGACUACGAGAUUUCUUACAAGUUUGAAUGGAAGUGCGAGAAAUGUGAAUUGGUCUAUGGGCGGCAUAGCAAGUCGAUCAAACCGGAUGAUGUGUGUGGCAGAUGUCAUGAAGGACAAUUGAUACCUCUCUUCACUCAACGACAGAGGAGGGCUCCUCAGACGCCGAAGAUCAGCCGUAUGGCGUCGAGCAAGCCGAGGGAUUCGCCACUGCGGAUUCAACCCGGGAUGUCUGAUGCCUUGAAGGAAGACAUGAUUGACCUGACGAUAUGUUCGGUGGAUUCCGAUGAAGAAGGGGCCGCUGCCGAAUCAGAUUCAGAGGUGGAGGUGCUCGCUACACUCUUGGGAUCUGCUACGAUUGCUGGGCCUAGUUCCUAAUGCAUAGAUGGUGCAAACGAUGAGCAUUUUGGGGUGAAAGUUGAUUAUUGGAUUUAUGGACGAUUUAGUACCGAGGUCAUCUAUUUGAAUAGUUAUGAAAUGU